AUGAGCGAAGCUGCUGCUCAAAAGGGAAAGGGUAAAGAACCAAUUCCAGAGUUCGUCCAGAGACGUCUUGAUAUGUUCAACAAGAUGGAAGAUAAGACUCCAAAGGUCGAGCCAAAGGAAGUUCAAAUUUUAUUACUUCCAGAAAACAGUAAACAAGCUAAGGAAGGCAAGCAAAUCACAAUCACCCUUGGUGUUACAACACCACUCGAUAUCAUCAAGGCUGAGUACCCACCAAAGACAAUUUUCUAUGCUGCUGCAAUCAACUUAGAAGAGAUGUGGGAUCUUUCACGCCCAAUCACACACGGUGACAACAUUACAUUCGUUAACUUCGAUGACCCACGUGGCAAAGAAGUUUUCUGGCACUCAUCUGCUCACGUUCUCGGUGCUGCCAUUGAGACACACCUUCAGGUUGAAAUCGCUAUCGGCCCAGCCGGCGAGAAGGGCUUCUUCUACGAUUACGAGCCAAGAGAAGGCCAAGAGGUUACACCAGAAACACUCAAGGAAAUCGAAAAGGCUGCUAUCUCCAUCUGCAACCACAAGGUUGACUACGAGCGCAAGAUGUGCACUCGUGAAGAAGCUCUUGAAAUCUUCUCAUCCAACCACUACAAGACAGAAAUCCUUACAAACAGAGUUGCUCCAGGUGAACUCGUCUCUCUCUACCGUACAGGCACAUUCAUCGAUCUUUGCCGCGGUCCACACCUUAUCAAUGCUGCCCCAAUCGCUUCCUGGUGGGUCAUGGAUGUUUCUGCUUGCAUCUGGAACGGUGAUGCCAACAAAAAGAUGCGCCGUAUCCGCGCUAUCACAUUCCCCAAGAAGGAACAGAUGACAGAACACAAGAAGUUCCUUGAAGAAGCCGCCAAGCGUGAUCACAGAAAGCUCGGCACAGAUCUCGGCCUCUUCUUCUUCCACGAAUGGUCACCAGGCUGUGCUUUCUUCUACCCAGAAGGCUGCCUCAUGUACCGCCGUCUCAUGUCAAUGAUCCGCCAGCAGUACCUCAAGCGCCAGUUCGUCGAAGUCAUCACACCAAACAUCUUCUACGAUGACCUCUUCAAGACAUCCGGUCACUGGGCUCACUACCGUGACGACAUGUUCCACUUCAAGGUCGACGAUGGUGCUCCAACAGAGGAGGAACUCGCUGCCCAGGAUGCCAAGGAUCCAGUCGCUCAGAAGGCUGUCCGUGAAAUGGGUAUGAAGCCAAUGAACUGCCCAGGCCACUGCCUUGUCUUCAGAUCAAAGGUCCGCUCAUACAAGGAAAUGCCAAUCCGUAUGGCUGAAUUCGGUGUUCUCCACCGUAACGAAGCUACAGGCGCUCUCACAGGUCUUACACGUGUUCGCCGCUUCGUUCAGGAUGAUGCCCACAUCUUCGCUCGUUAUGACCAGAUCGGUGAGGAAAUUUCCGAUGGUCUUGACUUCAUGACAGAAGUUUACGGUUACUUCGGAAUGGAACUUGAGUUCACAUUAUCCACAAUCAACAUGGAGAAGUACAUGGGUGAUCUCAAGGUUUGGGAGAACGCUACAAACAUGCUUCGCCAGGCUCUUAUCGAUAACAAGAAGAACUUCACAGAAGCUCCAGGAGAAGCUGCUUUCUACGGUCCAAAGAUUGAUGUCCUCGUCAAGGACUGCCUCGGCCGUCGCCACCAGCUCGCUACAAUCCAACUCGACUUCCAGCUCCCAGAGAAGUUCGACCUCACAUACGUCGACGCUGAGCUCAAGCCACAGCGCCCAGUCAUGAUCCACCGUGCUGUUCUCGGCUCACUCGAGCGUUUCAUCGCUAUCGCUAUCGAACACUUCGCUGGCAAGUUCCCAUUCUGGAUGUCACCAAGACAGAUCUGCAUCAUCCCACAGAACAUGACAAAGGAGGGACAGAUGAAGUACAUCAAGGAAAUCUACGACAUGAUGCACCUCGAGGGAUUCGCUGUAGAAAUCGCUGAUGGCCCAGAAUCAAUGAACAAGAAGAUCGUCAAUGCUUUCAAGAUGUCUAACAACGUCGCCCUCAUCAUUGGUGAUCGCGAAGUCGAGAGCCGCUCAGUUGCCGCUAGAUGGCGUGGUGAGAACGCUCCAACAGUUGUUCCACUCGAUCAGUUCAUGAACCAGAUCCGCGAUAUGCAGAAGAACUACACAAGAAAUUAA